ACAAGCUGGCGCUUUCGGCCUGCGAUUUCAUACAAAGAUAGUUACAAUAAUUCCGAGCGAAGCGCUCUAACGCGCGUCUUUGUCUAAUAUUUUUAUCAACUGUCUGCAGCCGGAUGGUGGACAUCUUCAUCUCCAUUAUGCGCAUGGCUGGUCCGGUGAUUGGUUCCCUAUCAUCGAGCAAUUGAGCUCCUCCGGCUUCCCUUCGCGAUUGUUGCAACUGCGCCGGCUGCGACACCGCAUCAUUGACAAUGGCGGAAACCUGGAGCAGCGUUUGCCUGCACUGCGUCGACCUUGUCCGCAGCGCUCCCAUUUAUAUUACACUUGGCAGUCUACUGGCGAGCACCGUGGGUGUGUUCGUACUGCUCUACAUCUUCCUCUAUACCGUCGCUCCCGAACCUCGAAAACCGUUCCCAGAGGAGAAGAAAUAUAGGGCAUUGGCCAAAGAUGGAUCGAUUACGGGGCCUCAAUCACUACCCUGCUGGCAGGAUGCUUUGGACGCCGGACGCCGGAGCAAGAUAGACGGUCUUGCCAUGGAGAAGGCAGAUCUGUUCAUGUCGGUAGUGGUCCCUGCAUAUAACGAGGAAGAACGACUGGGAGGCAUGCUGGAAGAAGCGGUGAAUUUCCUGGAGCAUAGUUAUGGCGCGCUGGCCGAGCAGAAUGGACGCUUGGCCCAAACGAAGGUCCGACAGCGCAAAGGCCAAACAAAUGGACAUGCAACCCAAGCCGGGCCAGUCAAGGGAUGGGAGAUAUUAAUCGUCUCUGACGGCUCGACGGACCGGACGGAGGAGACGGCGUUCGCGUUUGCGCGCGACCAUCAACUUUCCCCGCAUCCCAAGGGUUACGCCGGUCCCUGGACACCCCACCGUCAUGAGGGCGUCCAUAUCCCCCCAGGUACCAUCCGUGUGGUCUCUCUGACAAAAAAUCGCGGAAAGGGCGGUGCAGUGACCCACGGGAUGCGUCAUGUCCGCGGGCAAUACGUUGUCUUUGCUGAUGCCGACGGAGCUAGCAAGUUCGAUGACCUGGAGAAGCUGGUGACUGCUUGCCAGGAUAUCGAGGAUGUGGAAGGACGUGCCGUUGCCGUUGGGUCGCGAGCACAUAUGGUCGGCAGUGAAGCUGUCGUCAAGCGCUCGAAGCUACGGAAUUUCCUGAUGCAUUCUUUCCACUUGAUCUUGUGGCUCCUUACCCCGCCCAAGACGGCCAUGAUCAAGGACACCCAAUGCGGGUUCAAGCUGUUUUCCCGCGCGACACUGCCGUACAUCAUCCCCUAUAUGCAUUCAGAAGGCUGGAUCUUCGACGUGGAGAUGCUGAUGCUUGCCGAAUUCGCCAAUAUCCCCGUUGCGGAGGUCCCCGUGGGAUGGCGCGAGGUCAAAGGCAGCAAGCUCAAUGUGAUCUGGGACAGUCUUGGGAUGGCCUGGGGUCUGGCCGUGCUGCGGGCUGCAUGGGGGUUGGGGGUGUAUAGGACGACGUGAAUGAUGAUACAUAAGUAGGGGAUCAUCAUUUCCUAAUCAAAAACAAAUCAAUGGGCACAUGUUCAAGUAGACUGCAGAUUCGUCUUUUCCCCGGGAAGAU